AUGGAUCCCAACUGCUCCUGCGCUGCCGGUGGCUCCUGCAGGUGUGCCGGCUCCUGCAAAUGCAAAGAGUGCAGAUGCACCUCCUGCAAGAAAAGCUGCUGCUCCUGCUGCCCAGAGGGGUGUGCCAAGUAUGCCCAGGGCUGCAUCUGCACGGGUACAUCGGACAAGUGCAGCUGCUGUGCCUGA